AUGACAGAAGACGUGGACGACCACGUCCUGGACAAGUAUGAACUACAAAAGAGGCUUGGAAAAGGUGCUUACGGUAUCGUAUGGAAAGCGGUCGACCGUAGGACGAAGGAGAUUGUGGCGCUGAAAAAGAUUUUCGAUGCUUUUCGAAAUCAAACGGAUUCGCAACGAACAUUUCGUGAAGUGAUGUUUCUGCAGGAAUUUGGACGACAUCCAAACGUCAUCAAAUUGUUUAAUAUUCACAAAGCCGAUAAUGACAGGGAUAUCUACUUGGUAUUCGAGUAUAUGGAGGCCGAUUUACACAAUGUGAUUAAGAAGAUGACAAUUUUAAAGGACGUGCACAAGCAAUACAUCAUGUGUCAACUAUUUCGUGCUAUUCGUUUUUUACAUAGCGGAAAUGUUUUGCAUAGAGAUCUGAAACCAUCGAAUGUGCUUCUGGAUGCUGAUUGUCGAGUGAAGUUGGCAGACUUCGGACUUGCGCGGUCGCUAUCCUCGUUGGAGGACUACCCAGAAGGUCAAAAUAUGCCCGAAUUAACCGAGUACGUUGCCACGCGUUGGUAUCGUAGCCCGGAAAUCCUGUUGGCCGCUAAGCGAUACACGAAAGGUGUUGAUAUGUGGAGCCUUGGAUGUAUCCUUGCUGAAAUGCUCUUAGGACGAGCGUUGUUUCCUGGAACCUCAACAAUUAAUCAGAUAGAGCGAAUUAUGAACACUAUAGCGCGACCAAGCAGGGCAGAUAUAGAGAGUAUAGGCAGUCACUAUGCUCUAUCGGUGCUCGACAAAAUGCCUCAAAGGCCACGGAAGACACUGGAAUCUAUAGUAGCCACCAGUAAUCCUCAUGCUCUUGAUCUUAUACAUAGGUUAUUGAUUUUUGCUCCGCAUCGUCGCCUUACUGUCGAGCAGUGCCUCGUUCAUCCAUAUGUUUUGCAGUUUCAUAAUCCGGCUGAUGAGCCGAUAUUACCGUACGAUGUGACUCUUCCACUUCCGGAUCACAUUCAACUGUCCAUAGACGAUUAUCGUAACAAACUGUACGACAUGAUGAAUCAGAAGAAGACACAUAUCAAGCGAAUACAACAUGAGAAGAUCAAAAUUGUUGAACGACCACAAACAACGUCAGCAAAACCUUCAACUCCGAUACGUGACACGAGUAAAACAAACGGUCGAGCCUCUUCCGGUGGAGCUCCAAUCGCGCAAGCUGAAUGCAGCGAUACAGACUAUGAUACAGCUAGAAGUUUGGCCAGAGCGACAAGUGUUGAGAAGAAUGGUAGCCUACACAGUGCAACCACUCUCAGAGAUCGAGCUCAAUCUGCCGAUUCUCGUUCAUCGAAAGCCAACGGAACCACGAAAGUACGACGAAGAUCCAUUGAAAGGCCUCGAAUGUUCAGCGGAAUUAAGCCGAGUCGUUUGAUGUCACAUAAGCUCAUCUCAAAUUAUUAA